AAAUGGGACCAGCUAGCGACCGAAUGGCAGUGGUCGACGCUAGACUCAAAGUACACGGUAUAUCUCGACUACGAGUGAUCGACGCCUCGAUUAUGCCGACCAUCGUUUCCGGGAACACGAAUGCCCCUACCAUAAUGAUCGCUGAGAAGGCCGCCGACAUGAUAAAGGAAGACUGGACGAAACUCGAUUAAGGAUUUAUUGGCUAUACAGUCAAUCCCAAGAGAAAAACGCAUUUCCUAUAAUUAAAAAGAAAUCAGACGUCGGAAU